AGAGUCUAAAUGUGAAGUUAGUUCAAGUUCUCAAUAAAAAUUUGGGGAUUUCUUUGUCAAUUUUCCCUCCAAAUUGAAAAAUCUAGGGUUUCUUAAGCGGUAUUUUGCAGACGAGAAAUUUCAAUGGCGUCCUCAUCCUCAACUUCGUCUAGCCAUGGCUUCGAGAUCCCGUGGGUGGAGAAGUUCCGACCGACAAAGGUGAAAGACAUUGUCGGAAACGCAGAUGCAGUCUCCAGACUCGAAGUAAUCGCACGCGAUGGUAACAUGCCCAAUCUGAUUCUAGCUGGUCCUCCUGGAACUGGUAAGACUACAAGCAUAUUAGCUCUCGCACAUGAACUACUUGGAGCAAAUUACAAGGAGGCUGUUUUAGAGCUAAAUGCAUCAGAUGAUAGAGGCAUUGAUGUUGUGAGAAACAAAAUCAAGAUGUUUGCUCAAAAGAAAGUUACAUUACCUGCUGGAAGGCACAAAGUAAUAAUUUUGGAUGAAGCUGACAGCAUGACAUCUGGAGCACAACAAGCAUUAAGAAGGACAAUGGAAAUAUAUUCAAACUCUACUCGCUUUGCUCUUGCAUGCAACACAUCUUCUAAAAUAAUCGAACCCAUCCAGAGUCGGUGUGCACUUGUACGGUUUUCCAGGCUGUCCGAUGAUGAAAUUCUCGGUCGUCUCAAGGUUGUUGCUGAUGCUGAAAAGGUGCCUUAUGUCCCAGAAGGGCUUGAAGCGAUUAUUUUUACUGCUGAUGGUGAUAUGCGACAAGCGUUGAAUAAUUUACAAGCCACUUAUGCUGGAUUUCGAUUUGUCAACCAAGAAAACGUGUUUAAGGUGUGCGACCAGCCUCAUCCGUUGCAUGUGAAGAAUAUGGUUCGCAAUGUGAUUGAGGGAAGAUUUGAUGAGGCUUGUUCUGGUCUAAAGCAGCUGUAUGAUCUGGGCUAUUCUCCAACUGAUAUCAUCACAACCCUUUUCAGAAUCAUAAAGAAUUAUGAUAUGGCAGAGUACCUGAAACUGGAAUUCAUGAAGGAAACUGGAUUUGCUCAUAUGAGAAUCUGUGAUGGAGUUGGUUCGUAUCUUCAACUAUGUGGUCUGCUUUCUAAGUUCUCACUUGCUUGUUUAACUGCCAAGGCGUGAUAGACUUUAGGCUAUUGUAGAACAGUACGAAGUGUGUGGCUACAUUGACAUAUGCGAGAUAUUUUAAUUUUCCGUUUUUAGUGAACAUGGUUGGCUCAGCUAGAUGCCGAUUUCACGUGACACCGGUAUCUUUAUGUGGAGUAAUCUAGUGUCCUGAUCUUUAUUUUGAUCUUGGUGGUGUUGAUUUUUGAACUAAAUAUUCAAUGGUGUAAUGUUUGUUUCCA